GGUUGCACAUGCUCACAAUAGUUUGGCCUACCCCUAAAGUAAACAAACAAACAAGCGUAGCAGUUUCUGCUUCUCCUCACCUACAUUUCAAUUUUCACAAUCAAAUCAAUCGAAUCAACCUCGUUUUUGGGAUUCUCUUCUCCUCUCUGCGACUGCGAUGGCACUCUCGCGCCUUCGCCACCCUCUCAUCUCUCGUUCCAUUCGCCUCCUCUCUUCUUCCUCCACCAGAUCCCUUUCUCGAACUUCUAAUUCAUGGAAUUUUUCUGUGGGUGGUAAUGAGAAUCUAAGCUUACGAACAGUGGUUUUUAUCAGGCCGGCUACUUGGUCUAGGCUUACUGGUGUCUGUGAUAGAUGUUUGAAGUCAAAGUGGAUUGAUGUGAAAUACUUCUCAUCUUCAGAUUCUUCACAUUCAGUCCUUGGGAUGCCAGCUUUAUCUCCUACAAUGACCCAAGGUAAUAUUGCAAAAUGGAAGAAAAAAGAAGGAGAAAAGAUAGAAGUGGGUGACGUACUAUGUGAAAUUGAAACUGACAAAGCUACAGUUGAAUUUGAAAGUCUUGAAGAGGGAUAUUUGGCUAAGAUAUUGACACCUGAAGGUUCAAAGGACGUGCCUGUUGGACAACCAAUUGCCAUAACAGUUGAGGAUGAAAGUGACAUUCAAAAUCUUCCUGCUUCCGCGGGGGGUGAGGCCGGGGUUGAAGAGAAGAAAUCAACACAUCAAGAUGUCUCAGAUGAGAAGAAACCGGAAUCAACUUCUACUACAAUUAAUGCAUCGGAACUUCCACCUCACGUCCUUCUUGAAAUGCCAGCUUUGUCCCCAACAAUGAACCAAGGAAACAUUGUUAAAUGGAUGAAGAAAGAAGGAGACAAGAUUGAAGUGGGAGACAUAUUAUGUGAGAUAGAGACAGACAAAGCUACCCUUGAAUUUGAGACUCUUGAAGAGGGGUACUUGGCUAAGAUACUUGCACCAGAAGGAUCAAAAGAAGUGGCAGUUGGAAUGCCUAUUGCAAUAACAGUUGAAGAUGCAAGUGACAUUGAAGCUAUAAAGAAUUCUAUUGGCAGCAGCUCAGCAAGCCAACAGGAGAAGGCCACCCAACAUGCCACUAAAAAUGAUGUCAAAGCACAUAAAAACAAAACAACACGAAUCAGUCCGGCUGCAAAGUUGCUAAUUACAGAAUAUGGAUUGGAUGCGUCGACAUUGAAUGCAACUGGUCCUCAUGGCACCCUACUGAAAGGGGAUGUUCUUUCUGCAAUAAAGUCAGGAAAACUGUCUCCAAAACCUGCUUCAUCAAAAGCACAUGCAUCAUCAUCUCAAAGACAUCAAGCUGCAGCUUCGCAAGAGUCAAAAUCUGACUUAAAACAGUCAGAUGCUUAUGAAGAUUUACCUAAUAGUCAAAUUCGCAAGGUUAUUGCCAAGAGGUUGUUGGAAUCAAAACAAAAUACACCACACCUAUAUUUAUCAUCAGAUGUUAUACUGGAUCCUCUUCUUUCCCUUCGUAAAGAUCUUAAAGAGCAGUAUGAUGUGAAAGUUUCAGUGAAUGACAUUAUUAUCAAAGUUGUAGCAGCCGCACUUAGAAAUGUACCAGAAGCAAACGCAUACUGGGAUGCUGAGAAGGGUGAGAUCAAUUUAUGCGACUCUGUUGACAUAUGUAUUGCAGUUGCCACUGAGAAGGGUUUGAUGACUCCGAUAAUAAAAAAUGCUGAUCACAAGACAAUAUCUGCUAUCUCCUCCGAGGUCAAGGAAUUAGCAGCCAAGGCACGUGAAGGCAAGUUGAAGCCACAUGAAUUCCAAGGGGGGACAUUUAGCAUUUCAAACUUAGGAAUGUUCCCGGUGGAUAAAUUUUGUGCUAUUAUAAACCCCCCACAGGCUUGCAUUCUUGCUGUAGGGAAAGGCAACAAAGUUGUGGAACCAGUAAUUGGAGCUGAUGGAAUUGAGAAGCCAUCAGUUGCCAAUAAGUUGAGCUUAACACUGUCUGCUGAUCACCGCGUCUUUGAUGGCAAAGUUGCAGGUGCGUUUCUCUCUGCUUUGAAAUCAAACUUCAGCGACAUCAGAAGACUUCUAUUAUAAUGACAUACAAUAUUUUUUCCAGUUACUUCAUUGGAUGUGGAUUCACCACAACCGGGAUUAACCUGACAUGGCAUCCCAUUUUUGUCCUUUACAUUUUUAUCUCUUCAACUCAAACAGUUUUUUCAUUGUUGUACCUAAUCAGUUUUUGUAAAAUAAAUAUCUCGGGUUAUUUACCAAAUAUCGUGAGAAAAUACCCACCAAGGAGAUUUCCAAGAAUUGAGAUUCAAGCACGUUGGAAAUUUUGUUCAUAAGGCAAUUUGCUGAGUUGGAUGUUUGAUUUUGUAUGAACAGCUUUGUAUAGACCGCCGUAUAAAUACCCACUUCGAAUGAAUAAAAUUACUGAUUAUUUGUUGCA